UGUGUGUGUGUGUGUGUGUGUGUGUUUGAAGCAGUGCUCAGAUAUCUUAACAAUAGCCCGAUCAGCUGUAGGCUGCUGCAGUUACAUGAGACCCGAGGGUUGGACUUUGUCUCCUUGUUAAUCAGAGAACUGAAGUCUACAACUGGAUUCUGAGCUCCUGGGUCACAGAGAUCAACCUGAACUAAAUGUCUGACACAGAGGAAGUAACGGGAGAAGAAGUCGAGGAGGGAGAAGACGAUACCAAAUCAAAGCCCAAGUUUAUGACAAACAUCUCCGUCCCAAAGCUGCCCGAUGGUGAAAAGGUGGACUUUGAUGACAUCUACAGGAAGCGUCAGGAGAAGGACCUGGCUGAGCUGCAGUCGUUGAUCGAAGCUCACUUCAUCCAGAGGAAGAAGGAUGAAGAGGAGCUCGUCACGCUCGUCAACAGAAUUGAGAAGCGUCGAGCUGAGAGAGACGAGCAGCAGAGAAUCAGAGCAGAGAGAGAGAAGGAGAGGCAGGCCAGACUUGCAGAGGAGAAGGAGAGGAAGGAGCAGGAGGAGCAGAGGAAGAAGCAGGAUGAAGAUGCCAAGAAGAAGAAGGUCCUCACAAACAUGAGCCAACAGUACACAGCCGGACAAAGGACCGAUACCAGGAAAGGAAAGAAACAAACGGAGAGGGAGAAGAAGAAGAAGGCUCUGGCUGAACGCAAGAAGCCUCUCACCGUGGAUCAUCUGAACGAGGACAAACUCAAGGAGAAGGCCAAGGAGCUGUGGGAGUGGUUGAGGGGGCUGGAGGCUGAGAAGUACGACCUCGGAGAGAAACUAAGACGACAGAAAUAUGAUAUAAACCAGCUGAUCAAUCGAGUUCAGGACCACCAGACGGCCAAAGGUCGUGGUAAGGGUAAGAUGAGCGGCCGGCUGAGGUAAAGCUGCUGCGAGACGGGAGGCGAGGCAGACCGUCGCACCAAGAACUGCUCCUCAUGUCUACAGUUCAUGUGUUCAUGAUCUUGUUGUUCAUGUCAACCAUCAUGAGAUUCAAACAAUAAAUAAGCUCUUUCCUCUGA